AUGCCUGAACCAGCGAAGUCUGCGCCCAAGAAGGGCUCUAAGAAAGCCGUGACCAAGACGGCCAGCAAAGGUGGUAAGAAGAAGCGAAGGACUAGGAAGGAGAGCUACGCCAUCUACGUGUACAAGGUGCUGAAGCAGGUUCACCCUGACACCGGGAUCUCUUCCAAGGCCAUGAGCAUCAUGAACUCGUUCGUUAACGACAUUUUUGAGCGCAUCGCCUCCGAGGCCUCUCGUCUGGCUCACUACAACAAGCGCUCCACCAUCACCUCCAGGGAGAUUCAGACCGCUGUGCGGCUCCUGCUGCCCGGCGAGCUGGCCAAGCACGCCGUGUCUGAGGGCACCAAGGCGGUCACCAAGUACACCAGCUCCAAGUAAACUCUCCGCUGCGGAAGUAACACAAACCAAAGGCUCUUUUAAGAGCCACUCACAAUGGCUGAAGAGCGCUGAUCCUGACACUUUAAUCUGAUUCGCUGAGGAAGUUUGAGCUCGUAUAAGACAUCGUCAAGAAAUGUGAUAUUUGUCAUCUUUGAUGAUGUGCACAAACUUUAAGGCUCUGAAACAAUUAUUUUAUGAGCUUUCAGUUUAAUAAAGUGAAGAAAAAAUGGUAAAAACCAUCAUGAAAUGUAAACUUGUAUUGUAGGAAAAGGCACAUUGGAGAAUUUCUUGAUUAGAAUAAUGAAACGGAAAGAAAAGUGUCUGGAUUAAAAUACACCAAGUACAACAGGGUUGAUUAUUUCUGCUUUUCCCUAAAGUAAAGAUCUGCAAAUACAUUAAAGAUCUAUUAAAUGAAAAUAUUGUUUAGGCUUCCCAUUGACAUGGGAAAAUAAAAAUUUUAAUCCCAGCUAAAAUCAAUAGGUUUUACCAAAUGGCAAAGGGAUUUUAAUAAAUAGGGUUUCAAGUGAACAGCUAAAGUGUUUCUAAAAACUUUAAGCCCAAAAUGGCCUCUACUGACCUACAUGUCAAAUUUCUUCCAACUAUUAAAUUCAAAGAAUUUCAUGGAGUUUAGAAUCUGUCAAACAAAAAAGUCUUCUUACAAUAUUAAACACUUGUUUUUUUGGGGUUUUUUUUUAAAGCGUUUGUAAAAACCAAAGUGUUGUCCCUUCUUGUAGCUCAAAGUAAAACAUUUAUUGAUUUAGUUAAAAAAAAAAUCUUUAAUUUUGCUAAAAAAUAAAACGGUCCCUAAA